AUGCGUAUAAACCCUUUCUCCCUAAAUAUAAACGUUAUAACCAAGCGCUAUUCUUCAAGCACAUUGAUUCAUAUUAGCCUGAAACACGUCAUAUUUGAAGACUCUCGUCUUGCAAGCUUGUUUUGCAUACGGCCGUCGAUUGAAGUCUCGCUGUCUACCAGCUAUUCUGUUUCGUCGACUUGAUUUCCGUCUUGACUUUUGAAGAGAACGACUUUGCGUCAAUCCUGCUGAAAGAACAAUGAAUCCACAAUGUGCAAAAUGUUUGAAAACAGUGUACCCAGUGGAAAAGUUGAACUGUCUUGAUAAGAUCUGGCAUAAAGGAUGCUUUAAAUGCACAGAGUGUGGAAUGACAUUAAAUAUGAAGAAUUAUAAAGGCUAUAAUAAGUUCCCUUACUGUCAAGCGCAUUAUCCCCAGACAAAACACACAGUUGUUGCAGAUUCUGUAGAAAAUCGUCGUCUUACCCAGCAGUCAAAACAACAAAGCCAGGUUGAAUAUCAAAAACAGUUUCAUGAAGACAAAGGACAUUACACCGCCAUCAGCGACGACCCCGAGACCCUGAGGAACCUAAAAGUUUCGCACAAUAUCAGUAACGUGGCUUAUCACAAUGAACGUGGACCUCGAUCUGCAGCUCGUGAUCCUCGCCAAGCUGUUGCUGGUCAGCCACCACCACCACAAGUAAAACGAAAGGUGUCUCGAUAUGUAGCCAUGUACGAUUAUAUUGCAUCAGCCGCAGACGAAGUCAGCAUCAUGGAAGGAGAUGUCAUCACUAAUGUUGAAAAGAUUGAUGAUGGCUGGAUGGAAGGACGAGUUCAAAGGUCUGGCAAAUACGGCAUGUUUCCUGCAAACUAUGUCAAGCCAAUGUGAACAAACUCCUUAAUAUUUUUUCUGGAAUUUUUGGAUUUCAUAGACGAAAAAAUAUUUAAUAUGAUAAAAAGAACAUGUUAACUCUGUCAAAUAAGUAAACGCAAAGCAAAUACCCCAUGUCAGUGUCAGAUCUAGAGAAGAGAGAAUUCGAAUGACUGUGAAAAACUUAAGGUUUUGGCUUGCUGURCCGUCCCGCGAUCGUGGCAAAACUGUCAGGAAACAUCCGGAAACAAAUUUUCCAUGUGUCUUGGAAACAUAAAAUGUUUCUGCCGCACAGCAAAAACAUUUUUUUGCGUCUUGGAAGCAAAAUUUGUUGCACGCAGCAAUGUUUCGCAUGUGGCUAAACUGGGAAACAUCGAGGAAACAUGCACGCGGUAAACAUGUUUCCCUCGUUUAGCCAGGGCCUUGCCGUGCGUGUCUUUUCGCAAUCAUUCAAAAUCUCCUCCAAAGGAUUGAUAGAAGGUCCAAAGACAGGGACCUUAAGAUAAGUUUGUUCUCCAACAAACUAACUAAACAAUUUGCAUAAACGUUUUCUAUAAUAAAUCAAUUUUAUAUGCCAAAUAUGUAGAAUUCACUUGUUCCCCUGAAGCGAAAAGUAAUUGUAAGCAAAUGUCUUUGCAAACACCAUCAUUUCUGACCUAGUAAUUGACAUGAAAACAGGGCUGCCAACUUUCCUGGAUUUCCUGGAAGUCUCAAGAAUUGGAAUCUUGUCUCYCGGAUAAUGCCCCAAAUCUCCCUGAUAAUCAUCAUUGGCAUCAACUAUUUUUUUCGUUCGUUGAUCUUCAAACCUGAAAAAUUUUUCAAUCUUCUGCUCAUGAUAAUAUUACACAGCUAACCCGCGGUGUUGUGACGGCCAUUCCUUAUCCAUUCUCAAGAGUUGAAUAUACAGUACUUCUGGGGUUAGCAGCCUUGUGACAAACAAGCAUUAAUAGAGGCAGCCAUAACAGGAUGCACAACCUGAAUACAAUUGUUUCCCAGGGGAAAACUGAAUUCCUUCUAAUGUAUAUCAGAUUAGAACACACUCACUUUUUUUCUGCCUCCUGUCAUGGCUGCCAUUAUACGAUGGUAUAUCAUCAAUAUCAUCCUUGUAAGUUUGCAGGGGCAUAUCCUGGUUUUUUUUCCAUGGGGAAGGGGUCCGAGGGAUUUUCCAUCUGCCUAAAAUGUUAUACUUCCCUAUCACACACACCACACAACAAAACAAAAUAUUUUUCAAUAAAGAUGGAAAUUAUAUGGAUGCCAUUUUUUAACAAAGCCCUACAUCAUAACUAUAGUCAGUAGUGUAGGGAGGUUGGGGUAUGGAGGCCAUUGUCAAAAUUUAAAAGAAAAAAUUCAAUAUUAAAAAAUAAAUUUAACAA